CAUUUAUUUGAGAGAACUGGAUUUUGCAUUAAUUAUUGCAUAAACUCUACCAUCAGAUGAUGAGCGAGUGGAGUCCUGUUGCGAUGGUUUACGACCCCCUCAGAGCGGGCAGUAUCGAUGGCACAGAUGUGGAACCACAUGACAGAGCCGUGUGGAGGGGCAUGCUGGCCCGCUACCAGCCUAACAAGGGUGUGACCGGUGACCCUCACCUGACGCUGUUCGUGGCACGCCUGAACCCGCAGACGUCUGAGGACAAGCUCCAGGAAGUCUUCUCCAAAUUUGGAGACGUCCGCAGGGUGCGUCUGGUCCGAGACAUUGUGACGGGUUUCUCCAAGCGCUACGGUUUCGUCGAGUACAAGGAGGAGCGCUCGGUGAAGAGAGCCUGGAGUGAUGCCAACAAGCUGGUCGUGGACCAGUACGAGCUCUUUGUGGACUUCGAGCAAGAGCGGACGCUCCAGGGAUGGAUUCCUCGCCGACUCGGAGGAGGCCAAGGUGGCAAGAAGGAAUCCGGGCAGCUGAGGUUUGGAGGCAGGGAUAGACCUUUCCGGAAGCCCAUCAAUCUGGCAUCCAUGAUGCCCCAGAACCGACCAGCAGAUAGAUGGGACGCAUCAAGCGAGAGGGAGGAAAGGCAAAGAGACCAAGAACAAGAUAGGGAACACGGACGAUGGAGGGAGAGGAAAAACGACUGGGAUAGAGGGAGUGAGCAAAAUGAUAGAGGUUACUACAAAGAGAAAAGAGACUCUAAACACCACCGGGACAGAAGCCGAGAGAAAGACUCCAACAGAAAGGAAGACAGACGACACAUAGACUCUUACAGAGACCGAGAAUAAACUUUGCAUGCAUGCA